AGCUGUGUACUAUAUUGACGGUGACAAAUCAAGCUAGGCGCUAAAUCAUCACCCGUACGUUGUCAUCGUAAACAAUGAGGCUUUUAUUUUUGUGUGCGUGACACCGGAAGAAAAGGCAAAGUUUGAGCUCGUCUCCCGCGCUCCCCGAGUAACGCUGUCACGUUACCAUAGCAAUGGACAGACGUGAAUGGGAGAAGUUACUCACCUGCUUUCAGGCAUCUGCUCGGGGAUUCUUGGUGAGAAACCAAGUGCGUCGUGGGCGAGAAGACUUUGAGGACAUCGUGAAAGAGAUUGAUGGAGGCUUGGCCCACCUGGUGUGGAAGGAGAUGGUCAUCCCCAUUCCCCACUUCACAGACACCGACAGACCCUUUCUACGACCCAGCAACUCGGCCGGCAAGUUUUCAAAUCCACGACUAGCUCCCUGUGCCGGUCCCCCCCCAUCAUCACCACCAGCAACACCAUCACCAUUGCCACCAUCACCAGCACCGCUGUCAGAGGAGAGGGGAGGUCGUCGCGUGGAAGCAGAGAGAGACGAUUCACAAACCAGGCCAGGACAGGCUUUCGUUCCUCGGCGCUGUAUCCAGAGCAGUAGUGUGACAGUCGGUGGAGGGUCACAGAAAGACGGCGCAGAGGUGGAGAAGGAUGGUGGAGACUCCAUCACGGUCCAGAGCCGAUUGCAGCUGGACCGGUCUCAAAAAGCUCCCCGGCUGUUGUGCUUGGCUAAGGAGGUGCCUUGCACCCCAGAGGGCCUCCGUCUCCAUAGAAACACCCUCACCAUGGAGCUGGUCUGGCUCCAACAGGCCAUUGACAGCAGAAAAAAGUACUUGUCACUGAAGGACCGGCUGAGCGUGACAACAGAAGCCACGUGAAAUGGACUCGAUAAUGUUGGACUAACUGAAAUUUUAUGCAUUAAAAAACGCAACAUAAAUAGAGUGGUAUUUACGAUGUGUUUGACGAAAGCUGUACGUUGUAUAUAUUUGUUGCUAAUUUAAAAUGUGAAUAAAUUGUUUUUUCUCCUUUC